AUGGCGCCGCGGCCCCUCUCUCUUCUCAAGCUUCUUGCCUUUUUCGUCAUCCUUUCUGUUCUCUACACAGGCUAUAUCUUCAAGUCGCUUACUUUUCGAAGACGAUCUUCUCUUUCCUACGACUCCAAGAACUUCUAUCUCGGAGAAGAAGCGAGCCAACUUCUAUCAGGCUCUGUUCACUACUUCAGAAUUCCGAAGAAAUACUGGCACGAUCGACUGGCGAAAGUGAAAUCGGCGGGCCUAAACGGAGUGACAACGUAUGUGCCCUGGAAUCUGCAUGAGCCGGAGCCUGGCGAGUUUCACUUCUCCGGCGACUUGGACCUUGUUCACUUUAUCAACGUAGCAAGAGCUCUUGAUCUAUUCGUGAUUCUUAGGCCUGGGCCUUACAUUUGCUCGGAGCUGGAGUGGGGAGGCCUCCCUGCAUGGCUUCUCAGGGACUCAUUUAUGAAGGUGCGGACAAAUUACCCGGGCUACAUUAGCGCAGUCAAACGCUAUUUCGCCGAGCUUCUCCCUCUUGUCAAAUACCAGCAGUCCAAGUACGGUGGGCCGAUCAUAGCCGUGCAGGUCGAAAAUGAAUACGGACUGUACGCUGGCCAAGACCCCAACCACUUGAAUACCCUUGCAGGACUUUUAAAAAACGAAGGCAUCGUUGAGCCACUGUUCACCUCAGACGGGUCGAGUGUUUGGGAAAGCGAGAAGAGCACCAUUUACGAAGAUGGACUGAAAAGUGUGAAUUUCAAAAGCAACCCAGAAAAACACUUGAAAUUAUUGCGGGGGCAUUUUCCAGAUCAGCCACUCUGGGUGAUGGAGUACUGGGCCGGUUGGUUCGACUGGUGGGGCGAAGGGCGCAAUCUCUUCGACACGAGCGAAUUCACAAGGAAUCUCGAUAUCAUAUUAGACCAGAAGGCGUCCGUCAACUUUUACAUGUUUCAUGGUGGCACUAAUUUUGGUUUCACUAAUGGUGGUCUUACUAUUGCCAGAGGGUAUUACACAGCGGAUGUGACGAGCUAUGAUUACGAUUGCCCGAUUUCAGAAUCGGGGGCUUAUGGAGAGAAAUUUUACGCUAUACGGGAGAGCUUAGUGUCACACGGAUUUCCCGUGCCAGAAGUCUACCGCUCAUCUAUCACCAAGCCGAGAAGUUAUAAACCACUGGAAUACAAAGACGGAUUUUUUAGUUUAUGGGAUAUGCUUCACCUUGUUGAAAACGCAACUCUAAACGAGCCAAUGCCGAUGGAAAUAGUGAGCUAUCCGAAUGCGAUCGGACAAAGUUAUGGCUACAUUUUCUACGAAAUGAACGUUGAUUGUGCGAAGAGUGGCGAUGUUGUCGUAUCUGGGCUGAAAACAAGACUGCGAGGACGAGCUCAUUUCUAUCUCAACAGGAAUGAGGUUGGGAAGCCUAUUCUUUACGAAGACGAAGCCUCAACGCAGCAAGAUAGCUCCUCGUGGGAGGUUAUUCAUUCGUCAGAAAUGUCCUUCGAUCUUGGAAUCUUAGUCGAGAACCCAGGCCGCGUCAACUUCGACAAUAUCUACGGCUUAGAUGGGCAAUACAAGGGGUUGCUAGGAAAUAUCGUUCUUUCGGGCUCUGCUGGUUGUAAAUUCAAAGGGCAAGGCGUAUCCGCUUUUCGCUUGGAUAUGAACUCAACAACGAUAGCACAAUCAACAAGGAGAACGGGGCGCUGGCGAGAACGGCCCGGCUUGCACAAAUUUACACUUCAUCUCCGACACGAGGCACACGAUACUUUCGUCGAUCCAGUAUCUUCGGGCUUUAGAAAAGGAGUCGUUUUCGUGAAUGAGCGCAACUUGGGGCGCUAUUGGGAAAUUGGCCCACAGAAGACGUUGUAUUUGCCAGGUCCAUGGCUUCGCUCCGGCGCUAACGAGAUUAUUGUCUUUGAUGAGUAUCCUCAGCAAGAAGCUCCAAAAGUGUUGAUCUUUAAAGAUGCCCCUGAUCUUGGCGUCAAAAAUGACAGAGACCCCUAA